AUGAACAAAAUAGUUGAUGAUAGUGAGCUGUCUGCUAGCCCCGCACUCCACAAUACGACUAUAACAUUACAGAACAGGAAAAUUCAGCGGUAUACCCAAGGGGGCCUCACCAUUGGUGAAAAAGAUAGCUAA